UUACUUCCCUUGCAGUACAGUACUCACUGCCUUCACAAAUAUCACGUGAUGAUAGAAACGGCACGUGAUUGCAAUUUACAAAAUGGACGGAACACCUUUAAAAGAAAUUCCAGCAACAUGUUUCAUUUGUUUAGAAAAUAAACGAUUUUAUUCCAUAAAAGGAAAAAAUGCAACGGAAGACGCAAUCAUCCAAAAACUAAGUUCAAUAUCAGAAUACAAAAGUAUGUCUGAUGUGCCAGCAUACCUAAAGGGCCGUGGAAGGGGGAGAGGAUUAACAGGGCCUAAACAGCCGGCCCCACAUCACAAUGGCCCAGGGAGAGGGAUGGGAACAGGCAAACAGACCAACAAAGGUCCAGUCACUAUGGAAAGAAGUGUGCCAACUGCACCAUCAGCUGAGGAGCGUUUCCAGUCAGCCAGUGAACAGAAUCAGGAGUCAAUAAAGCGACAUCUGGGAGAAAACAGUGCAGCUGUUGAUGACCUUUCUGAUGAAGAAGACGACCUUGAUGCCGGAGUGUUGCAAAAAGUCUUCCAAACAUAUACUGUAUCUGAAGGAGAUGAUUUGAACAUUGGUGCUGCACAAGACAAUCUGUUACAUUCGUUCAGGUCUGGAACAUCAGCCUGCCUUGUUUGUAUCGAUGCCAUAAAGAAAACCGACCCAAUUUGGAGCUGUGAAGGAUGUUGCGCAAUCUUUCACAUCCAAUGUAUCCAGAAGUGGGUGAAGGAUGGUGUGUAUCAUCAGAUAUACAAGUCAGAGGACGACAAUUUGAGGCCAGAAAGCAUUCCUUGGCACUGCCCAAAAUGUCGCCUGGAGUAUGACCAGCGGCGAUGCCCAACACGGUACCUGUGUUACUGUGGGAAGGUGGAGGAGCCCCAGUUUGACCCCUGGUUGGUGCCCCACUCAUGCGGCGCCACCUGCGGACGGCCCCUUAAACCAGACUGUGGACAUACAUGCCUCUUGCUCUGCCAUCCAGGUGCUUGUCCCCCUUGUCCAAAAACUGUAAGAGUUGGAUGUCAUUGCGGGAAGGCUGCGCCCCAAGUUAGGAGGUGCAGUGCCCGACCCUGGUCAUGUACCGGAGUGUGUGGACGCAGACUAACAUGUGGCCAGCACACCUGUCAACAAACUUGUCACUCCGGUGAGUGCAGUCCAUGCCCUAUGACAAGUUCACAGCGUUGUCAGUGUGGUAAAUCAUCAAGUGUGAGGCCUUGUGCUAGCCCAGACUGGCAGUGUGACCAGGUAUGUGGUAAGCGUUUAUCCUGUGGUAACCAUGUGUGCGAGUCCGUGUGCCACAGAGGGCCGUGUGGAGACUGUCCCAGGGGCGGAGUGAGGAAAUGCCCUUGCGGGAAAACUGAGUAUGAUAAGCCGUGUACAGAAGACAUCCCUACCUGUGGGGACACGUGUGGCAAGUUGCUUGCCUGUGGGAUCCACUCCUGUGUACAGAGGUGUCACUAUGGCUCAUGUGGCAGUUGCCUGCAGAUGUGUGUGAAGCGGUGCAGGUGUUCCCAGGGCAAGGAGCGUGAGGUGACGUGUAGCAAGGACUUCCUCUGUGAAACCAAGUGUACUAAGAUGAGGGACUGUGCUAAACAUCAGUGCAAGAGAAAGUGCUGUGAUGGGAACUGCCCGCCCUGUGAACAGAUGUGUAACAAACCUCUCACCUGUAAAUACCACAAAUGUAGCAGUCGCUGUCACAGGGGUCGGUGUUACCCAUGCAUGGAGACUGUGGACAUGUUCUGUUCCUGCAAAGCGACCAAGAUCACGGUGCCAUGUGGGCGAGAGAAAGUCACUAAGCCCCCAAGAUGCAACCACCCAUGCAAAAAUCCCCCAGACUGCCACCAUCCGGAGAGGAUUAAACACCGAUGUCACUUUGGGGAGUGUCCCACAUGUCGCCAGGUCUGCCAUAAACAGCUGCCCAAUUGUUCGCACGUUUGCCCUGCAUCCUGCCACACGGCCGUCAAGGUCAAGUACAAAGACAAUAAAAAGCGUGCGGGUCCGUGGGAAGGUGGCCCCAGGAUUAUAGAACAGGUGGUAGAUCGACCGUGCCCUCCCUGUAUGGUUCCAAUCGCUAUACAGUGCUACGGGAUGCAUGAGACUGGCAGUUUUGCAUGUUCAGUGGUGAAGCCGUACUCCUGUGGGCGCCAGUGUGGCAGAAACCUGAUAUGUGGCAACCACACAUGUUCCCGUAUGUGUCAUGUGGUGGAGGGCUCACAGGAGCCAGUCAUGGCCGGCACCAACUGCCAAAAGUGUGAGCUGGGCUGCCAGUUUGAGCGCCCUGAGGGUUGCACUCAUCCAUGCCAAAAGCCCUGCCACCAGGACGCCUGCCCGCCCUGCACCCAGAUGUUCCGAAUGCGCUGUCACUGUCAGGCCUCCAUCAGGCAUGUGGAGUGUUACAAGUGGGUGGCCAGUUCUGACAGCAAGAAGGAGGAGAUGAAGACUUGUGGGGGACCGUGUCCUAAAGUUCUGUCAUGUGGCCACCAGUGCAGUCUGCUGUGUCAUCCUGGUGCGUGUUCCCGUGCUGACCAGUGUGAGCGAAAAGUAACGGUCAAGUGUAAAUGCAAGAGACAGAAGCGUGAUGUCAAGUGUCGGGACAGCAAUAAAGAGAAGGCCCAACUGCAAUGUGAUGACAAGUGUAAACAGGAAAUACAAAGAAAAAAACAGAUAGAGGAUGAGGCGGCAAAACAGCAGGCGGCAGAGGAGGAGAAGAAACGCCAGGCUGAGCUUGAAGAGUAUGAACGCAAGAUGAAGGGGCGUCGCCGCAAACAACGCAAACAUGCUGAGGUGGAAGUAGAGGAGAGAUUCCUCACCCGAAACAGAACCGCCAUCUUGACCAUUAGUGCCAGUGUGCUUUGCCUAGCUGUCUUUGUCUACUAUAUAAUGACUGUUGUUUGAAUGAAUAUUUAUAAUUAUGCACAAGUGUGGGGCCAACUGGUGGCCAUAUUGGAUUUUGUCUUAAUUUUGUUAGUUUUUAAACAUCAAUAUAAAAAAUGAUGAUUCAUGCAUACCUUGGGGCGUUCAGCUUGGAUAGCCAUCAAGUCUUUGGUUUUGAUUUUGUUUACAUAUAUAGUAUACAUGAAGAUUUUGUUCUUACUGUUUCUGUUAGUUGUGAUAUAUUGUGAAGUUUCUGAAUUGUUGGAAUAGAGAGGGGGAGACCAAUGGUUUCUCUGGAAAACAAUA